UCCAUCCCUUGGGAGACGCUCCAACACCCGUUAGGCAAUGCUCCAUCCCUUGGGAGAUGCUGCAGCACUGCCCAGACGCUCCACCGCUCCUCGCAGGCAUUCCCAUGCUCACCUUAGGGAACAGACAAGGGGCUGCGUGGCCCUGCCAAGGGACAACGCUUGAGGUGGAGGCGUGGGCAGCCCCCUGGGAUGCCGUUUGCGAGCAGCUGGUGCAGACAGCCGGUGCUUCCCGGCCGCCUGCCGUGCCGGGGGCUGGCAGGGCCGGCUGCAAGCAGUGACGUCUGUUCGGGAUGAUGAUCUGAGCGCUAGCAAAGUUUUUCAUCUGGCCACCCGCAGCUCCGGCCGCACCGCCCCUGCGGCUGCGGGGAGGAGAAUGUGCCUCACGGGUCCCCUGGGUGCUGUGGGACGCGCUGGUUCCUCGGCUGCAGGGAUCGGAGCUGCACACAUAGCUGGGCUUGCCGGCGGGCACGGUAGUACUCGGCAUGGGGCUCCGGCUGCCCCUGCGCCGGAGCGCCAGCUUCACCCCCGACCACCCUGCCCUCAUGGAGGUGCCUGGCCCCACCACCCUGAAGAUGGAAGCAAAUGUCCUGGUUAUGGGAGCAGACAACGUAGGGAAAUCAGCUCUGACUGUGCGCUUCCUGACCCGGCGCUUCAUCGGGGAGUACGGAGACAUGGAAUUCAUCUACAGCCACAACCUGACUGUGGAUGGCAGAGAGAUUCUCUUCCACAUCUGGGAUGUCCCCAGUUCUCAGGAGCAUGCAGAGGAGGGAUCCUCCGAGGAGAAGAGAAUCCAGUGGGCAGACAGCUUCGUCCUGGUCUACAGCAUCUGUGACCGUGCCAGCUUCAACAUCCUGCCCCUCAAAAUCCAGUUCAUCAAGGCAGCCAAGGAGGGGCAGAACCAGGAGAAGGUGCCCAUCGUCAUAGUGGGCAACAAACGGGACCUGCACCACCAACGGGUGGUGUCCAGCGAGGAGGGGAGGCUCCUGGCUCUCUCUCUGGACUGUGGUUUCUACGAGGUCUCUGCAGCUGAGGCCUAUCACGGGGCCCUCAUGGUCUUCCAUGGACUGGCAGAGCGCAUCCCCGACACCAAACUGGCACUGAAAAAGGGCACAGGGAUCCGUGGCAUCGUCAAGACCAUGUCAGCUGUGUUUGCCCGUAAGCGAACGGACUCCCUCUGAGCUAUGGCUGCUGCUUCUAUCUGUGCUGUGCAGCUGGGCUGAGCCUCCUUCCUCUCUGGGUGCCCAUGGAGAUGGUGUGUGUGUCUCCAUAAGUAUGACGGAUUCCUUGCUGACCUCCUAACGCCCGUGUCUGGGUGUCCUGCCAUACACAGCCUGUGCAGCUGAGGGCUGUAGUGCCUUCCUCUUGGCUCUGUGAUGGGACAGAAACUCUACUCUUUGCUGUACCAGCUUUGUAGGUGCCUCCUGCUUUCUCCUUCCAUCCUCCAACACUGGAAACCACCGGGUGAUUUUUGCCAUAGCUCCAGGCAGCAUCUUCCUCAGCUGCUUGGCUGGGAGCUGCCCAGGCAGCUGGAGAGCAGGGAGGACACACCACUUCUGCACGGCCGCCCAGCCAUCCCAGAGCCUGCAGCACCAGCCGACCCUGGAGGGCCUCAGUGAGGGCUGACACCUCCCAUCCCAGCCUCCUUGCUCCGAGCUCUGUGUCCCACAGCCUGUCAGUGACUGCAGCCACUUCCCUUGUGCGAGGUCCCUGCAGGCCGUGCCUGGGAAAGUGCAGCGCCGUGGCUCGUUCCCAGGACAGGAGCGCACCCUGCGCCUUCCCAGCCGUACAGCUGCCUGUCCCCGGGGAGGGGGGCAAGAAAUGGGGAAAGGGGUCUCUGGGCUCAGCUCGACCCCUUCUGCUGCUGGGAGGAUUUUCCCUGCCUCUUCCCCUGGUGUGCCUGGGAAAGCAGUUUGCUGGGAGCGGGUCUGUGUCUGCGGUACGGGGGCCGAUUUCUCUGCUGUGCUCUGGAAAUGCAAUAAAUCGUCUCUGGCA